GACACCCUCAGCUGGCGGGCUUCUGGAGUGCUUUUUGGUUGACUCGCGGACAGAGUCCCGCCACUAUGGCCUCCGCUGGGGUGGCACCCGGGCGACAGGCGGAGGAUGCAUUACCACCGCCAUCCGAGUCGCCGCUGCCCGAGACCAAGUCGCUGCCACCUCCUCAGCCGCCGCCACCUGUUGCCGCGCCCCAGCCGCAGCAGUCGCCGGCGCCACGGCCUCAGUCGCCGGCCGACGUGAAGGAAGAGGAGAACUACUCCUUUUUACCUUUGGUUCACAACAUUAUCAAAUGCAUGGACAAGGACAGUCCUGAUGUCCACCAAGAUCUGAAUGCCCUCAAAACCAAGUUCCAGGAGGUACGCAGGCUCAUCAGCACCAUGCCUGGCAUCCAGCUGAGUCCUGAACAGCAGCAGCAGCAACUGCACAGCCUUCGGGAGCAAGUCAGGACUAAGAAUGAACUUCUGCAGAAAUACAAGAGCCUCUGCAUGUUUGAGAUCCCCAAGGAGUAGAGCAAGCAGCUUCCAGACUGCCUGAGAGAAAAGAAGCGAGAGGCCCCACCACCUCCCCACGCAAUCAUUGGCACUGCUCCUUCAACCCCAGCUCUGACCUGCAGCCAAGUGGGGCUGGUGUGGUACCUCGUUAGCUGAACUUGGUCUUGACUGUGUGGACAUCAGCCCACAGCUUCUGUGUGUGUGCAUUUUGUGCACCCUAACUCCUGAGUGCCUGCUGCUGCAAGAAAGAAUGUUCCUGAGGCAGGAGUGGGGGUGGCAUGUUGGUUCCAUUCUGUCUCUGGGGAGGGGCCAUCUGCUGUGCCUAGGCCCACCAGCAGCUCUGAAGAGCACUGUAGGAAAGGAGGCAGUUCCUGCUGUUUCCGGCCCUUGGCUCCUCCCACCCCCAGUUCAAUCUGGGUAUACUGGGUACAUACUGUUCCCAUUAGCAGUUUCAUGAAACAUUUGCAUAGAAUUCACUGCUUGAGUUAGGUCUCCACUCAGAUGGCUUGAAUUUAAUAGAAUUAAAAAAGACUGUGAGAAAUGAA